AUGCCGCUGGUGGAUGCGCACUGCCACGCGACAGAGGCGCUGCGCGACAUGCCGUGGGACGCAUGGAUUGCAGAGAUGCGCUCCGUGCCACUGGAGCGCUUGUGCAUCAUGUCGACGGACUUGGACGACCAGCAGCUGGUCGCCCGCGCCGCGCAGGCCCUUGGCGCAAAAGUAGUCCCAUGCUUUGGCGUGCAUCCGUGGCAUGUGCACGCAAUCUCUUUGCAUGCAGGUACGCUAGAUGUACUUGAGCAUUAUUCUGCGCUGUUUGGGUCAUGCACGGAGGAUCCGGCGCGCGAGGCACUCUACCGCGCGCUGCCUGCGCCUGUAGGUGUGCAAGAUGCGCUCGCACAGACGGCCUCGUUUCUGCGCGCAUUUCCCGGUGCCUGGGUCGGCGAGGUGGGCCUAGACCGCAGUUUCCGUGUGCGUGAUCCGAACGGGGGGCUGACCAAGCUGCAGACGCCCAUAGCGCACCAGCUCGGCGUGCUCGAAGCGCAAGUCCGCCUCGCCAUCACGAUGCAGCGCGCAGUGAGCAUGCACAGUGUGCGCUGCACGGGCCAUACCAACGCAUUCCUGGAUGCAAUGCAGCGCAUAGAAGGCUUCUCUGGGAUCGGGGUGGAUUUGCACAGCUGUACACACAGCCCUGCAUCCAUUGCCCUUGUCCAGCGCGCGCACGCCAAUGUGUACAUUUCUUUUUCACGCGCCAUCAACGCGCGCUCGCCCACGUUUGCCGAUCAGGUUCGCGCGUGUGAUCCAUCGCGCCUCCUGAGCGAGUCGGACCUGCACGAGCCGCUUACGCUGCUGCCCAUGACGCGCGAGGUUGUGCACGAUUUUGCCCAUGCGCUGGGACGUGCGCCGGACGCAAUGGAAGCGCUCCUGCUUGCAAACUUUGCGCGCUUUUGCAAGGGGGAAGCGGGGUGA